GUGCUCCUGGAUAUUAUUCUUUCCAGGUCUUAUUUUCCUGGGCCAGCUCAUCGCUGUAGGCAGGCAGAGGGUGAUCAAUCCUACACAGAGCUGCUGCCUGACUAUCGCCUCUCUCUCCUUUCCUCUCAGACCCCAACCAACACCUUUCUUUUCCUCACUUCUUUUUUUUCCCCUGGUGGGUGGGUGUUGGGUUGAAGUUGUGAGGGAGGGAAGGCAGCGGUAGUGUGUACAGACGGCAGAGAGGAAAGGACUUGAGGAAGAGAGGAACAGAGGAGCUGGCUGCAUAGCAGGUUGUCAACUCUGACUAGAGAGAAGUAAGUCCAUGACCCUGAACUACUACAGCGAUGGACAAGAAAAGUGAAAAUGGCUACCCUAGAUCCGGAGGAGAGAGUGGAGGUGGGGGUCAGAGGAAGCAGCUGCCCUACUCCGUAGAGACCCCCUACGGCUUCCACCUGGACCUUGAUUUCCUCAAGUAUGUGGACGAUAUCGAGAAAGGCAACACCAUCAAGAGGGUGCACAUCCAGCGCAAGGCCAGAGGCCCUCCUAAGUUCAGCACCCUGCCCAGGAACUUCAGCCUGCUAGGGCAUGGAGCCAGGCCGGCCCCUAAGGACACCUGGUCCUCCACCCUAGGGCCCAAGCCCCGGGGCAGAAUUACUGAUGUCCAGCAGAUCUUGGAUUUUAGACCCAGUGACGGUGGCACAUCGGGUAUUCAUAGCCAGAACAGCAGGGUGCAAGGGAGUAGCUUUGCCUCUGCCAGGCCCAGGGAGGAGGCAGGUGCUGGGCCUUGGGUGUUAGGCGAACAGCCCCUGGGGAGGCCCAACCUCCUUCGGACGUCCAGCAUGCCAGUCACCAUCCCACACAGGAAGGCCUCUGAGUCCGGGGACGAAAGAACAGAGAACGUGUCAUCUGAGAACGUGGUCCGCGCUGUUCCACAGGACCGGUCGGGGCUGCACCAGCAGAUCACCGCAGCCCUGAAGAGGGUCAGAGAGCUGGAGGACAUGGUGAGGACCAUCCCAGAGCUCAAGUCCCAGAUCUGCUCACUGAGGGUGGAGAGAGAGCAGCUAAUCCUCAGGCUGCAGGUCCAAACCAAGCCACAGCCUCCAGCCCACCCACAAAGUGCCUCGCCCUCCCCAGCCCCAAGCACUGAUCCCGGGCCAGCCUCUCAGCCGCCAGGGGCUGAAGCAGCAGUGGAUCCCGGGAGAGCAGAGAGCACCGUGUCAGAGGCAGAAACGCAACAGGAAUCCUUAAAGAGUACCGCGCAAGAAGAAGAACCAGAUAGACUUUUAGCAGCACAGGAACCAGAGAGACGAAUACAGACAGCAGAGGGACCAGAUAGACAAACAGCAUUUCUGAAUCCAUUAGUGCACGCAGAGGAAAGGCAAACAGAACAACCAGAGAACGUUGCAACACGGAAAGAACCAGAACCUUUAGACAGCAGAGUGUUUGUGCAAGUCACAGAGGGAGUCAGUGUCAGUGGUGAGGAGCACCAUCUCAGUGUCGAACAGCUCCAGGCUAAGCUAGUAGCGCUAGAGUCUAAGCUAAGUCAGGCUAGCGAAGACCUGGAGAGAACGAACAGUCUCCUGAAACAACAGGUAGAGGAGAACAUGAUGAAGGAGGAGAGGAUACUGCAGCUGAGCGUGGGAGGGACAGGAGGCGCGGAGGAGGUGUUCAGGCAGAGACAGACAAGUAGGAGGACCAGUGUGGACCAGCAGAACGAGACGGAGAGAGUGGGAAGUGCAAGUCAGGAGACAGAGACAGAGAGGGCGGAUAUGGUGGAGCAGGGCACGGAUACAGAAAGGAUAGUCAUCUGUUUAACCGGAGAGGGGGCUGGUGGUGUGGAACAGGGGACGGAGACGGAGCGGUUUGACACUCAAGACCAGGUGACAGAGACAGAGAUGGUCAUUGUAUGUCCAGUCAGACCGCGGGCUAAUAGUGUGGAUCGGGGAACAGAGACAGAGAGAGUGGACACAGUGGACCAGGUGACAGAGACACUGCCCGGAGACAGCUUAGACCAGGUGACAGAGACAGAAACGCAGACAGUCGUCAGUGUAGAUCAGUCAACAGAGACAGCACCUGCACGUCCAGUGAGACCAGCGAGACAUAGGGCUAACAGUGUGGACCUGGGAACAGAGACACAGACAGUGGAUACUGUGAACCGGGUGACAGUGACAGAGACACAGACAGCACCCGUACGUCCAGUGAGACCUGUGAGAAAUAGGGCUAACAGUGUGGACAGGGGGACAGAGACAGAAAGAGUGGGUACAGUUGACCAGGUGACAGAGACAGUGGAAGCACAGAGUGCAUAUCAGCAGACAGAGACAGAGGGAGACAGAGUUGAGACGACCAAUAACCACAAUAGAGAAAUAGAGAUUGAGAGUGCGGCCAUAGUAAGUGCGGCCAUAGAAAGUGCGGUCACAGAAAUUGUGGAAGCAGAACGUGUAGUCUCGCGCAGUUUGGUUAAAGAGGGUGAGAUCGCUGAGAGUGCAGUACGUUUUGUGGUUAUAGGAAGUGUGGGCAAAGAGAAUGGGGUCACAGCGAAUGUGGUCCCAGAGAAUGUGGUCACAGAGAAUGUAGUCACGGGAAGUAUGGUGAAGAGACAAGUAGUAGUAGUAGAGGAGACUGUCGUUGAACAAAUUACAUUGACUGAAAGUGUUGUUACACAGAGUAUGACCACGGAGAGUACAGUCGUAGAGAGUGCAGCCACAGAGAACUUGGCAACUGAGAGUGAGGUUGUAAAGACCACAGUUACAGAGAGUACGGUCACAGGAAAUAUGGUCAUAGAAUCUCCAGCCCCAGAGAGCCCAGAAGUAGCACCCACUCCCUCUUCCAGCCAGACCCAGAUGGGUCAGAAGGAGUCGGAGCAGGCCCAGCCCCAGUCACAGGACUCUCGUCGGGGGUCCAACCCAGUGUUGGCCCAGGCCCCUCGCCAGGGGUCUAACCCAGCCCUGGGCCAGGUGGUGACGCGCCUCACAGGGCUGAUCAAUGAGCAGUGGGCCCAGCUAGGUAGCAGCCAGGACAAGCCAGACAAGCAGGAGACCACCAGCCCGAGUGCCCAGAAGCCUGCAGAAGGGCAGGGUACGUCCGCUGCAGGGAAGCCUUUAGCGGGGAAGGCAACGGGGAAGUCAGGUCUGUCUAAGAUGAGCUCCAUCCAGAGCCAGCUGGUCAGCUCCCUCAGUGCCCUGUCUGCCUUCUACUCCCCUGGACAGAAGGCAGCUGCCAGCAAACAACAAGGUCUGAAAUCCAUCAUGAAGAAGAACGAUGCUGCUGACAAACAGGGGAACAGAGGAGGAGCCAAGAAGAACCUAAAGUUUGUGGGAGUCAACGGAGGGUAUGAGACUACCUCAAGUGAGGAGGAAUCCAGUGAGGAGGAGAAGGGGGAGGUAGAGGAGGAGGUGGACAGCUCUGAGCCUGAGGAGGAGUGGGAGAAGGAGGAGGGAGCUGGAGCAGCUCAGGGCCAGGGGGAGGCCACAGCUACAGAGGACGAGCCCCAGGGAGCAGGGGCCCAGGCUGGGGAGACGGAGGUCCAUGAAGACUCUCAGGACCCAGAGAACAGCCAGGCACUCGUGGAGGAGCAGCCAGCUGCAUCAUCAGGGGAGACGAUCGAUAAGGGCUUCAUGGAAGCGUGUGACUACAUUGAGGGUCGUAUGGCAGAGGUGGUGGCCCCCGAUAAAGAAAUGAGACGUGUCCUGAUGGUGUUGUACCAGGAGUGGUUCCGUGUGUCCAGUCAGAAGGACUCUCUGGCUGACACCGUCACCCUCUACCUGAGAGAGGUGGGCAUCGCCACGCCGACCCUCCUGCGUUACAUCGUGAACCUGGCCGACGGCAACGGCAACACAGCGCUCCACUACAGCGUGUCCCACUCCAACUUCCCUGUGGUCAAACUGCUGCUGGACACCGGUCUGUGUGAGGUGGACAUCCUGAACAAGGCGGGCUACACAGCCGUGAUGCUGGCCUCCCUAACAGCUGCUGAUGGAUCAGAGGACAUGGAGGUGGCUCUGCAGCUACUGAGACAGGGAGAUGUCAAUGCCCGCGCUAGCCAGGCAGGGCAGACGGCUCUGAUGCUAUCGGUCAGCCAUGGUCGUACAGCCAUGGUGCGGUUGCUGCUGAGCUGCCAAGCUGACCUCAACAUUCAGGACAAAGACGGUUCGACCGCACUCAUGUGCGCGUGUGAGCACGGUCACACCGAGAUCGCUCGGGUGCUACUGGAGUCUGGCCACUGUGACACCAGCCUCACAGACAAGGAUGGUCAAAGGGCUCUGUCGGUGGCGGAAGCGUCCUCCCACGCUGAGAUAGUUGACCUACUCAAGAGCCACUCAGAUUCCACCACCACCCAGGCCUCCAACCCCUCUACCACCACCUCUGCCACCAUCAUCACCACCACCACAGCCUCUCUCCUCUGAGCCCCCUCCAGUAGCCUCUCUCUAAACCCUACCCUAACCCAGCCCCGGACCCACCCCCACCCUGGACCCACUAUACCCCAAACCCCUUUCCCUGGACCAGAGGAGGCUGGUGGGUGGAGCUAUAAGAGGACGGGCCCAUUGUAAUGGCUGGAGUGGAAUAAAUGGAACGGUGUCAAACUGAUCAAUCAGAUGGAAACCACAUGUUUGACUCCAUUCCAUUCAUUCAAACGCAGCCAUUACAAUGAGCCCGUCCUCCUAUAGCUCCUCCCACCAGCCUCCACUGUCAUGGACCAUACUCUUUUCCAGACUGUCUGGAGGACAGACAAAGGCUGUAUUCACCACCACUGCCUAGAUCUCCCCACCGACCAGAGCUCAGCUCACAGAUAGGCCUAUUGGACCAGAGCUCAGCUCACAGAUAGGCCUAUUGGACCAGAGCUCAGCUCACAGAUAGGCCUAUUGGACCAGAGCUCAGCUCACAGAUAGGCCUAUUGGACCAGAUCUCAGCUCACAGAUAGGCCUAUUGGGACCAGAGCUCAGCUUACAGAUAGGCCUAUUGGACCGGAGCCCCACGGAACCAGAAUAGCACACAUUCUUCACAUUUCUACCAACAUUUAGGGUGUGGGAAUAAUGUGUCAACUGUUUGGCAGCCAGCCAAUGUGACACUCAAAAACCCAGUAGCAGUGGCCACAGUGGAGAUUGACAGGUGAUCCAGGAAGAGGGCAGAAGGACAAGAGAAGGAUGAUGGUUUGCUGCUUUAUAAUAUAAAACAAGAUAUUCAGGCCAAAAUAAUCUUAAACACAUGAUCUACCUUAACAAUCGGUCAUUUUAUUAUUAAUACUAUGUUUUUCCUGUAUCUAAGUUUCCAUCCAAUUGGCAACAGAUUUUCAUGUGAAUAUUUUAAAAUCCGCAUAAAGAAAAUAUGCACAUUUUCCCUCCGGUGGUGUGUUUCUAGCAAACUGACUUGUUGCAGGAAAAUUAAAUCUGUGAGUGAUGUAUUGCACACAACAUUUUAAUUUUCACAUAAAUUCAAAAGUUUUUUGUUGUUGUGUAUUUAAAAAAAAACAUAUGUUUCACCUUUAUUUAACUAGGCAAGUCAGUUAAGGACAAAUUCUCAUUAACAAUGACAGCAUAUCCAAGCCAAACCUGGGCCAAUGAUGCACCACCAAAUCACAAUCAGAUGUGAUACAGCCUGGAUUAGAACCAGGGACUGUAGUGACUCCUCUUGCACUGAGAUGCAGUGCCUUAGACCGCUGCGCCACUUGGGAGCCAAAAGUUCAAUCAAUCAAUUAAGCAAUCAAUCAAAUGUAUUUAUAAAUACCUUUCUUUCUCCAUCAUAUGUCACAAAGUGCUAUACAGAAACCCAGCCUAAACCCCAAAACAGGAAGCGAUGCAGAUGCAUAAGGGAAAAACUCCCUAGAAAGACUGGAACCUAGAAGAAAAUAUAGAGUACCAGUCCCUGAAGGCUGGCCAGUCUUCUUAUGGCUGUGCCAGUUGGAGAUUAUAAGAGUACAUGGCCAUUAAAGCCAGAUUGUUCUUCAAGAUGUUCAAACGUUCAUUGACCUAAGUCAAUGUGUUUCCAUCGCAUUGUAUACUAGUUUUGACACAAAAACUGUUGCCGUAAAUAUCAAAUAUACCUACUCUGGUUUUGCCAACAGCUCGCAGAUACACUGCGGGUAGGCUAAUCUACACUGUGAGAAUAUUAUGGAUAAGAAUAUUUGCAUUUGUCAAAUGGCAGUCAAGCAUCGAUCAUCAUGACACCAGAAUAAGACCCUCGAUAUUUAUUCGAACAGAACAUCAAGUUCACAGCGCGCACUUUCAACAGAACAUCAAGUUCACAGCGCGCACCUUCAACACUCUUGUGAAGUUCAUCAUACUUGUCUUAAUAUGUAGCCUAAUAAACUGUAUGGCUUCCCGAGUUAUAUCAGUAUUUGCGCAUAAAGGUGUUUCCAGCGGCAUUUCACUCAAAAUAAAAUUUACCGACACAAUAAUAUCCCAACAUGUCCAACGAACAAAUUCUCUGUUGGCAUUUAUAAAAUUGUUACGAAAUGUCCAGUUGCAUCACCGCUGUUAUGAUUUUUUUAUACGGUCUUUACUCACAUGAAAACUGGAUGGAAACGUGUUUAUUAAUGACAUCACUAUUCUUUUAUAUUUGGACAUGAGCCAUUUAUUUAACUCAUAAAGUCUGAACGUUAUUAUAGCGUUUUAUAAAAUACACACAGUAUAUUUAUUUUGCAAUGGAAUUUGUUUUACUCUGUUUGACACACGCUGUACAUAUCCAAGCUUGGUUUUCGUCAGUACGGCCUGACGACUGACUCACUCAGACGUCUUCCAAUAUGAAGGUUGUGCAGUAGGAUGCAGCACGCAGCAAUAUAACAACUCUCGCAGAAGCUACACAAGCUACUACACUGCAGUAUGUUGCAGCAACUGUAUACUCGACUGAACAAUUUACUUCCCCGCUCUCUCUCUCUUUUGUCGCUCACACACCUCACGCACACACACGCUCUCUCGCUCACUCCACUGUAAUGCAUCCCUUCCUCUGUCUGCCUGCUUUUAGACUACAAAUUAAAUGAUGUAUGCACACAAAUUGCUACAAAAUGCACAAAGGAUGUCAGGCAAUUUUACAUUACAGAUACAGUGCCAUUCAUUCUAUGGUACAACAUCACACCACCGAGCACAGGAAGCCUUGCAGUAGACUAUUAUCCAUCACUGGCCAUAAUGUAUACGGGUUGUAACAUUUUCUGUAACGUUUCAGUUAGUUAGUAAUGUUACAACCCCUUGUCCCGUACGGACACACACAGGCUGCUUUCACUGCUAGAAAAGGGGAACGUUUUUUUUUUUAGGUUGAUUGCGCCUCUCUCUUCCACACCCACCUCUCCUCUGUAUUGAACGACGGCUUAGUGUAGGACACUGGUGUGAAGUAAUGGCAUGAUGAGAAUAUCCUAGCUUGCCUAUCAGAAAACGAAGAGCUGUGUGUCGCAAUGUGAUUUUUCAUACCCGGUCUUUUAAGAACCCAGUCCUAAAGGAAAGGGACUGUACUCACAAGGUGGAGUGGUGCUGUCUUUCUCACCUGUUCAUCAGAAACCAGGCUUAGGAGCUGAAGACUGACCUCUACUGGUUCAAGAAGUAUAUGGCUAAAUUCCUGAAGAUACAGUAUUGUGAAAAAUAUAUCUGGUAUUGUCUGACAUUUGCUCUUAAAUAUAUUUAGUAUUUAUUCAAAAUGCUAUAUUUUUACAAUAUACAGUAUAUGCAUGGGCCAAUAGUCCAAUGAACAUGUUGGAAUUUAAUAUGUGAAUGUAUUGGUUCUUCUGGAUGGUAUAUAUAAGCUGAUUGGUCUACUCUAAAAAGCAAUGUGACUGUUAAUUGGUUGGGUGGUUCAUACUCGUCUCUUAUUGGACACGACUGUGUACUGUACUGUGUCAAUAGGACUGACUGUUGUAAUACUUUAUCACAAUCAGAUGUAAACAGCUGAACCUGCCUGUAAUAUUCCUACUAUCAAAUUGGCCUGAAUGUUAACCAUUUGCAAAUCAGAGAAUUGCUUCUAAAUAAAAAUGAAACUAUUGGGUAGAAGUAUAUAAUGUGAUGAUCCAAUGGAUAUUAGCAUCUAAGGUGCAUUAGCCUCUGAAGGAUGUCUGGAUAAGUGCACACUUCCCCCCCCCCUUCUGACCAUCUACAGUACCUUUGGAAAGUAUUCAGUCCCCUUGAUUUUUUCCACAUUUUGUUACGUUACUGCGUUAUUAAAAAAUGGAUUAAACACGUUUUUCCCCUCGCCAAUCUACACACAAUAGCCCAUACUGACAAACCAAAAACAUAUGUUAAAAAAUAAAGU